UUCGGAUAGAGAUUAAAGUACAGUUAGAAAUUAAACUUUCUUUGUCUCUUUGGUGACACAAGAGUUUCCAAGUAUGAGUCAAGCAGAUCCACCAGAAGGAGUUGAAGGAAGCUCUAUUCCGUUAUGUUUGGUCUGCGGCCAGGCACAUCUCCCAGAAGAGAACCAUGUCUAUAGCUACACAGAAGAUGUGGAUGAUGACCUCAUCUGCCACAUCUGUUUGCAACCUUUGCUUCAACCUCUGGACACGCCUUGUGGACAUACCUAUUGCACAGUUUGCCUUACGGACUUCCUCAUAGAAAAAGACUUCUGCCCAGUGGAUCGCAAACCUCUGAUCCUACAGGCCUGCAGAAAAUCUAGCAUACUAGUAAAUAAACUCCUAGAUAAGCUAAUGGUUAGCUGCCCUUUCACAGAACACUGCUCUGAGGUCGUGCAACGCUGCAAUCUUGAACAACAUUUUCAAAAUGGAUGUAAAGGAGCAUCUCACUAUGGCCUUACCAAGGAGCGAAAGCGACGUUCGCAGGAUGGAUCUCCUGAUUCUAACGCUGCUUUAACUGUAGCUGCUCUUGGCCCAGAGCUCUCUGCUGCCGCCACUAUAGCCUUAAUGACGGAUGAGCCAGGCCUAAUUAAUCCAGCCUUCAGCACCACCUCAGAAGAAAACCAGUCAGGAACCAGUUCUGCAGAUCUGAACAGAAGCAGCCAAACUAGAACUCGACAUUUUGAACGUUCCACUAUAAGAAGCAGGUCUUUUAAAAAAAUAAACAGAGCUUUCAGUGUCCUUCGAAGGACAAAAAGUGGUGGUGCAGUUGCUAACCAUUCUGAACAGGAACAAGAGAACGUUGAAAAUUUGGUUGCCUCCGAGGACGUCUUCCCAAGGUUAUAUCACCUCAUCCCAGAUGGUGAAAUUACGAGCAUUAAGAUCAACCGAAGCAAUCCCAAUGAAAGCCUUGCCAUCAGGAUUGUGGGAGGCAGUGAAACGCCAUUGGUUCACAUCAUCAUACAGCACAUCUACCAAGACGGAAUUAUUGCCAGAGAUGGACGAUUGUUGCCUGGGGACAUGAUACUGAAGGUAAAUGGCAUUGACAUCAGGAACGUGCCGCACAGCUAUGCCUUGUCUGUCCUGAGGCAACCUUGCCAAGUCCUCCGGCUCACGGUGCUCAGAGAGCAGCGCUACCGGUGCCGAAACAGUGGACUUCCUCUUGACGUUUCCUGCUACAGGGAUGACAGUUUCCAUGUCAUUCUGAACAAAAGCAGCCCAGAGGAGCAGCUGGGCAUCAAGCUGGUCCGCAAGGCCGAUGAAACCGGAGUGUUUGUUUUCAACCUGCUGGAAGGAGGCGUUGCUGCCCGCGAUGGACAGCUUCAAGAGAAUGACAGAGUGUUAGCAAUCAAUGGACACGACCUACGAUAUGGGAGUCCAGAAAGCGCAGCUCAGCUGAUACAGGCUAGUGAGAAGCGAGUUCACUUCACUGUGUCUCGGCAAACCAGGGAACAGACUCCUGAUAUUUUGCAGGAGGCCGGAUGGGAUUACAACGGUAGCUAUCAUCAGCCCUUCCCCGCUCUGAGGAACAAUCCUAACAAGAUUGCCCUCCACUCAACCACCUGUCAUGAAAAGGUGGUAGUUGUCCGAAAAGAUAAUGCAGAGUCCCUGGGAAUGACUGUGGCAGGUGGUGCCUCUUCCCACAGGGAAUGGGAUUUGCCUAUCUAUGUCAUAAGUGUGGAACCGGGUGGAGUCAUCAGCAGAGAUGGAAGAAUCAAAACAGGAGACAUUCUGCUUAAUGUGAACGGAAUUGAUCUGACGGGUGUCAGCCGUGGGGAGGCUGUAGCCCUUUUGAAAAACAUUUCCUCAUCUGUUGUACUCAAAGCACUAGAACUGAAAGACUGCGAGACCUUGGAGGAUGGGAGGGACACUUCAUUGCUCAAUGCCAGUUUGAACCCACCGUGUCACAGCGAAUGGUCACCUUCCUGGGUGAGGUGGCUUGGGCUACCACGGUAUUUGUACAGCUGCAAAGAAAUUAUAUUACGAAGAAAUACAGCAGGAAGUCUUGGCUUCAGCAUUGUGGGGGGUUAUGAAGAGAGCAGUGGGAACAAACCUUUCUUUAUCAAAUCUAUUGUCGGAGGGACACCAGCGUAUAAUGAUGGAAGAAUCAGGUGUGGUGACAUCCUCCUUGCAGUUAACGGAAGGAGUAUUUCAGGCAUGGUGCAUGCCUGUUUGGCAAGGAUGCUAAAAGAACUGAAGGGGAAAAUUACUCUCACCAUUGUGUCCUGGCCUGGCACUUUUUUAUAAAGAUGUUCUUCACCUGAGAACAACAUUAUCAUUUGACACAAAAUCAGCCACUUAAUAUGGACAUCUGUUUACUCCACUUUCUGGUCAACUAUGUACUAGUAAAAGAAAAAGUUGUGAAGUGUAAAUGUGUAUAAAACAAACAGAAUGGUCUUAUGAAAAAUAAUCUAUGCUAUGUGUUAAAAAGGG